UGCUGAGUAGCUUCCAUAGUUAAUUAUCAGGGUUUUUUUAAUGUAGGAGAAUACAAAGGAUGACGGUGUUGAAGAGGUAUGUGCUGAGGUUGUUCAUGUCAUUAAAAUACGUUACUGCUAAUGUAGUGGAUGGGAACAAUGGGCGAAUAGUUGCAACAGCAUCAACAGUUGAACAUUCUAUCAAAAACUCACUUGAGUGUGGUAGAACCUGCAAUGCAAAAGCUGCAACAGUUGUGGGUGAGGUGCUGGCUAUGCGGCUUAAGGUAGAAGGUCUUGAAUCUGGCCAAGAAAGAGGCAUUCAUAUUGACGUGAAUAAAGAGCUUGAGAAAAAAGAUUUCAAAAAUCGAACCAAGGUUUGGGCUAUUAUCAAUUCUCUUAAAAGCAACGGUGUCAGGCUCAUUCUUGACAAGAAUAAUGAUGCUUCUCGGCUAGGUUAAGCCUUUCUGCUAUGACUUGUUUAGCCUGGUACUAUUUGGUCCACAAAACACAUCACCGGUUUGAUCUUUGUUUAAAGAAAAAUUUAGAAUGGAAAAGCUAUAUGUUAUGGGUGAUGACUACUGUGCAGAAGCUCGCCAAUUAAGAAUAAAUACCAUGAGUGAUGACAGAAAGGCUGAUUGGUCAAAUAUGUAGAUAGAAAGAUUUGGAUUUAUGUUUCCGUGUUCUGAUUGCAUGACCUGAAUCAACUUGCAAUAUCAAAAUUUUUGCGUUA